UUGGGGGGCAGAGUAAAGGAAGAGAAGUAGAGGAGAAAAGGAGAGGAAGCGCAUUCUGGAGAGCAAGAGGAAAAGUUUAAAGAGAAGACUGCAGUUGAAAAUGAGUUUGGAGGAGACGUGGUGAGCCGAUUCUCUGCAGCUGAACGUCAGUGGGUCACGGUGGAAGCAGAGGUCUGGACAGAGAGCUGUCUCAACCCCCAAACCAUUUCAGAUGGAGGUGGAUGCAGACGAUAAGCGCCAUCGCACACGCUCUAAAGUGCCUGUGGAUCCAGCAUUAACGGAGCUUUUCAGUGUGUACGGCUGCCCUCAGGCCAAGAAGAGAAAAAGUCUGGACAGACAAACCCUGGAAACCUCGCCUAAGAGGAACACCUACCUAGAUGACAUGGACAACUCCACCAUGGAGGAGUGCUACGAGACGGAUGGGACCGAGGAGAUGGACGACAGGGAAGAAGAGGAGGAGGAAGGAGCAGUAGAAGAGGAGGAGGAAGACGAGGGAGAAGUGGAAGAGGAAGAAGAGGAGGAGGUGGAAGGUUAUAUGGACUACAAUGAAGAGCAAAUGGAGCACGAGGACGGGGAGGUGGAGAGAGGGGACGGGGAGGGUGAGGAUGACGAGGAGGAGGAGGAGGAGGAAGAAGAGGUAGAGGUGGAGCAAGAAGAAGAGGAGGAGGGUGAUGAAGAGAGGGUGGAAGAGGCAGAGGAAGAGGAGGAUGCUGUGGAGGAGGUGGACUAUGAAGAUGGAGAAGAAGAGGAAGGAGAGCAGAGUCAGGGUCAAGAGGACGAUCAGAUGAGCAGCGGCGAGGGGGCCGAGGGUGACGGCGGAGGUGGCAGAGGCAAUUCCAAAUCAAGCCCGGCGAUGGAGAAGGACGACAACAACAAUGACGAGUACGAAAACUAUGACGAACUCGUGGCCAAGUCGCUCCUGAACCUGGGAAAGAUCGCGGAGGAUGCCGCCAACCGAGCCAUGACAGAGUCCGAGAUGAACAGCAACUCGUCAAACAGCGCUGAGGAGGAAGAGGAGGAGGAGGAAGACGAUGAGGAGGACGAUGAGGAGGAUGAAGAGGAAGAGGAGGAAGAGGAAGAAGAGGAGGAGGAGGAAGAGGAGGAAGAAGAAGGGGAAGGGGAUGAAUCACAGAGGGGGGAAUUGAGUUUGGACGUUGAUAGUGAUGUGGUUCGGGAGACUGUGGACUCUCUAAAGUUGCUGGCCCAAGGUCACGGUGCUGUGCUGUCUGACAAUUUAGAUGGACAGGAAUUUGAUGACAGUACAGCUGAGAACGGGGGCGAGAAUGACUGCAACCACAAUGGUGGAAAUGCACACAAUGGUGGUAAUGGACAAAUUAAGAUCACCAGUAACGGACAAAUAGAAAACAGCGAUGAGGAAGUGUGUUUAAGCAGUCUGGAGUGCCUACGAAACCAAUGCUUUGAUCUGGCUCGCAAACUAAGCGAAACAAAGUCCAGCGACCGCAAUGGUCCAACCCAGCAAAAUCAUUUUUCAUGUGGCGAUCCCAAUCAACAAGCGCAGCAUCACUCCUACGCUGACUUCCACCACAGCCAAGAUGACAGGCGGACACUUGAUAGGAACUAUUCUGACAUGGACAAUCUCAUGAAGCUGGAGGAGCAGCUGAGCCCACGCUCCAAGGCCUUCUCUAGUUGUGCACAGGACGACCGAUACCACACCAACCACCGGGACUUUGAUGAAGAUACGACCUCCGUGACGUCAGACCGAUCAGAAGAGGUAUUUGACAUGACAAAGGGUAAUCUGUCUCUGUUGGAGAAGGCCAUCGCAUUAGAGUCGGAGCGUGCCAAGGCAAUGCGGGAUAAAAUGGCGGCCGAGGCUGCCAGGAGAGACGGGGUGAGGUACAGCCAUGAAGACCAUGGCCAUCGGAAUGGAUACGGUGUGGAGCGUAAAGCCAGGCUUCCUGAUGGUAUGAAGAAACCUUUCUACCAUAAAGAUGCUUCACGUGCAGACAAGAAGGAAAGUCGGUGUCCGACGCCUGGCUGUGAUGGCACGGGUCAUGUGACAGGCCUGUACCCCCACCAUCGGAGCCUUUCGGGCUGUCCGCACAAAGACAGGGUGCCACCAGAAAUUGUGGCUAUGUAUGAGAAUGUUCUUAAGUGUCCUACGCCUGGCUGCACGGGACGCGGCCAUGUCAAUAGCAACAGAAACUCUCACAGAAGUCUGUCAGGUUGUCCCAUCGCUGCAGCCGAGAAGUUGGCCAAAGCCCAGGAGAAGCAUCAGAGCUGCGACGGCCCCAAGUCCAACCAGGCAUCUGACCGAGUCUUAAGGCCUAUGUGCUUUGUCAAACAACUGGACUAUCCUCAGUAUGGUUACAAGAACAAUGUUUCCACCAGCACGCCCCGCUCCAACCUGGCCAAGGAGCUGGAGAAGUACUCCAAGACCAGCUUCGACUACAGCGCCUUCGACGGCAGCAACAACCACCAAGUGUACGGGAAACGGGCCAUCGCACCCAAAGUUCACGGACAAAGAGACACCUCGCCCAAAGGAUAUGACGCCAAACGUUACUGCAAGAACUCGAGCUCGGCCAGCAGCACCACCAGCACCUACGCUCCCAGCAGCAGCAGCAGCAGCCUGAGCUGUGGAGGUGGAGGAGGGGGCAUGGGAGGAGGAGGCAGAGGAGGCGGGGGCAGCAGCGCCAGCAGCACCUGCAGCAAGAGCAGCUUCGACUACAGCCACGACAUGGAGGCUGCCCACAUGGCCGCCACGGCCAUCCUCAACCUGUCCACGCGCUGCAGAGAGAUGCCGCACGGAAUGGGAGGGAAACCGCAGGACCUGUGCUCACAGAGCCCGGGUCUAGAUGUUGAUGAGAACGGUACGUUGGACCUGAGUAUGAGCAAGCGUCUGUGCAGCGGCGGUGGGGACUCGGUGCUCACCCCUCUAGAGCCCAUGUCCCCCCAGAGGCAAGCCGCCCUGCUGGGCUCCCGCUGCUACGGCAUUGGGGACGCUGCCGACUGCUGGGACCUGCCUGUAGACUACACCAAGAUCAAACACAUAGACGAGGACGAGAAAGAGCCGGAUGACCUGGACCCGUUCCAUGACCUGCUGGACGACCCCUCCUACACCACAGAUGUUAACAUGCCCAGCCCCAAGCCCAAGUAUGUCCAGUGCAAAGAGAGUAAGAAGGACCUGAUAACUCUCUCAGGUUGUCCUUUAGCUGAUAAAAGUAUCCGCAGCAUGCUGGCCAACAACGCACAGGAGCUCAAGUGCCCGACACCAGGGUGCGAUGGUUCGGGACAUAUCACUGGCAACUACGCCUCUCACAGAAGUCUCUCAGGGUGUCCGCGGGCCAGGAAAAGUGGGAUAAAGAUCAUCCACAGUAAAGAGAACAAGGAGGACCAGGAGCCUAUCAGGUGUCCAGUUCCAGGUUGUGACGGUCAGGGACAUGUGACGGGGAAAUACGCGUCACACAGAAGUGCGUCAGGAUGUCCCAUCGCAGCAAAGAGACAAAAGGAUGGCUACCUGAAUGGCAUCCAGUUCACAUGGAAGUCUGGGAAAACAGAGGGCAUGUCAUGUCCCACACCGGGCUGCGACGGCUCGGGUCAUGUCAGCGGCAGCUUUCUGACACAUCGCAGUCUUUCUGGUUGUCCACGUGCCACCUCGGCCAUGAGGAAAGCCCGGCUCUCUGGAGUGGAGAUGCUCACGAUAAAGCAGCAACGAGCCAGCAACGGACUGGAGCAUGAUGAUGACAUCAAACAGCUGGAUGAAGAAAUCAAAGAUUUAAGUGAAUCAAAUUCACAAGUGGAAGCGGACAUGAUCAAACUCCGAACACAGAUCACAACAAUGGAGUCCAACCUGAAGUCCAUAGAGGAGGAAAACAAGGUGAUUGAACAGCAAAAUGAAUCUCUCCUGCAUGAGCUGGCCAACCUCAGCCAGUCACUGAUUAACAGUUUAGCUAAUGUCCAGCUCCCUCAUAUGAAAACACUGACUCACAAAGAGCCUCCCAUGAGGAACAACAGCUGCUUACAGAUGCACCAGCAAGACCCAAUCAGCGAGCAGAACUUUGAUGCCUACGUGACCACUCUAACAGACAUCUACACAAACCAAGACCAGUACCAGAGCCCAGAAAACAAAGCCCUGCUGGAGAACAUCAAACAAGCAGUUCAAGGGAUCCAAGUGUAACCGUGGAGCAGAGGGAGAUGCUUGUUCCCCGGCAGUGAGGGCGGUGCAUCAAAUCCUCAUACAAACACGCAGUGGUGGUUUGAUCUCCUCGGUUCGGCGCAGUAACUUAAAUAGUGUUAUAUAUUCUAAAUUCUGUUCUCUGAAAAAAGAGGUAUAAUGCUUAGAAAGACCUCAAAUCUUACUUUUCUUUCCUUCUUCUUUUUCUUUUUUUGGCCUUGCUUUGAGGAAGAACACAAAAGAAAAAACGGCAAAAUAGUUUUUGAGGACAUUCACAUUUUGUACGUUUUCAUAUGAGCUGACAUAGUGUCAUGUAAUGUUUCUAGCUGCUCAUGUAUGCACAUUUUUAGUGUAUAUUUCUGAACAGUAAGCUAAUGAUAACGGGACGCAAGUUCUUUUUAUUGCUUGACAAAGAAAGCAUUUUAGAGAAAAAACUGGACAGCGAAAACAACGACAAACCCAUUCAAGCAAGGAGGACGCUACUUCUUUUUCUCCUCGAUGGAUGAUUUUGGACUGGAUAAUUUUAGAUGUUUUUUUCUUCUUCUUCUUCUUCUCUUCUUCUUCUUCUUCAUCUUCUUGCGUGUAGAUUGUUCCAGAGCAAGAACUGGUUUGCAUAUCGCUUUAUUUUCUGACAAUGCUUGAGAUAAUGUUUGUGUUUAACGGAAAAAAAAAAAGACGUGUAGCUGUAGGUGGGGGCAUUUUUAAUUGGUGCUGUAAAUGAAUCCGGAGAGGAAACUGACCUGAUGUUUGUAUGAAUGUAUGUUCGAAGAGUUGCAUUGUAAACAUCAUUACACGGAAACCCGAUGGUGGAAAUCCCAUGAUCUAGGAGAGACAAUUGACUCCUAGAGGAACACAUCUGUGCACUGGAUGUUCACAUGCUUAUCCUUGGGCGUUUUCACACCUAGCCUGUUUGGUUUGGUUAAAUGGAAGUCUAGUAUUGUUGUAGCUGCUCUCGGUUGAACGACACCGACACUGCUUGAGAAGAUGGGUCCACUUGGUCUCAGACUUUUGAGCAGUUUGUUUUUAAAUAGAACAUGAACCAACCUUAAG